CUGCGGGAAGGCGAGCGUGGGGCGUGCGGGGCGCCCGAGCGCACGCCGGAGGGGGGCGUGGCUGGCGAGGCGCUGGGCAAAAUCCUAGGAAGCGGCCGGGACCUCGGCGGCGGGGUGGCUGUGGGAUCCUGGCCUCGGAAGCCCGCCGCCCUGUCCGGUGUCCGCCAGCAGAUCCUCUGGCCCCGGGCGGCCUCGCUUUGCACAUUCUCAGGUCUGCAUCCACCACAUGGCAGGCCCGUUCCCACCACCGCCUGGUCCCAGAUUUGUCCUCCGAGGCACACAGUCACCUGUGAACACGCUGCAUUUCUGCCCAGCCUCCCAAGCCCUGGGGAACCCACUCCUUUUCUCGGGGUCGCAGAGUGGCCUGGUGCACAUCUGGAGCCUGCAGACCAGAAGGAUAGUCGCCACUCUAAAUGGCCACAGGGGCCAGGGUGUGACCUGGCUGAAGACACUGCCCCAGGGGCACCAGCUCCUCAGCCAGGGCCGGGACCUGCGACUGUGCCUGUGGGACUUGGCAGAGGGCAGGAACACCAUCAUGGACGCAGUUCAGUUGGACAGCGUGGGCUUCUGCAAGAGCUCAGUCCUGGCCCGGGGACAGCUAUGCUGGAUGCUUGCUGUGCCUGGGAAGGGCAGCGAUGAGGUUCAGAUUCUGGAGAUGCCAUCCAAGACGUCAGUGUGCACCCUGAAGCCGGAGGCAGAUGCCAAGCCAGGCAUGCCCAUGUGCCUGGGGCUGUGGCAGGCUGACUCCAGUCCCCGCCCUCUCCUUCUGGCUGGCUAUGAGGAUGGAUCGGUAACCCUGUGGGACAUCUCGGAGCGGAAGGUGUGCAGCCGAAUCGCCUGCCAUGAAGAACCUGUCAUGGGCCUUGACUUCGACUCUCAGAAGGCCAAGGGCGUCUCGGGCUCUGCCGGGAAGGUGCUGGCUGUCUGGAGUCUGGACAGCCAACAGUCCCUGCAGGUGAACAAGACUCAGGAACUCACCAAUCCUGGCAUUGCCGAAGUCACCAUCCGGCCAGACCACAAGAUCUUAGCCACGGCAGGCUGGGACCAUCGCAUCCGUGUGUUUCACUGGAGGACAAUGAAGCCUCUGGCUGUUCUGGCCUUCCACAGCGCCUCUGUGUACUGCGUGGCCUUCGCCACCGAUGGCUUGCUUGCUGCGGGGUCCAAGGACCAGCGUAUCAGCAUCUGGUCACUCUACCCCCGCCCGUGACUUGGCUGUCGGACACUGCCGUCUUACUCCAGUCCUGACCUGGCCCUGUGGGAAGUCCGCAGGGGCCUCUGAGGACGGCAGAUGGUGGCCAGAGGUCUGUGGCAGCCACUUUCUUCAUAAGGCUCUGUGUUCCUUUUGUGACCUGUCAUUCAGAUGACAGCACCUGAUGAUAGACACCUGGCCCUGAAGCUUGGUAAGAGGCAUAGCUUGGACCUGGUAGGAUGGCCAGCCUGAACAUGUGACAAUAAAUUUCCCAUUGCCGACCUGAAGGCUCAAGGUGGGAACUGUCCAUGGA